AUGGCCUCAACUCUUCCGUUCAUCUCCGGCCCGGGCGUAUAUCUCACCAACCACAAAUUCCCCCUCUCCACCCGGUCCAUACUCCGCGCGUCCGCAUACUCCUCCUCGUGCGGCCCCCGCCGCCGCUUCACCCUACACUUCGCCUCUGCGUCCGCGUCCGCGUCCGCAUACUCCUCCUCCGGUGCGGACGACGACGACGACCUCCGCGCCCACGUCCCCGCCGCCGCGCCCGGGGCCCUGGCGGCGCCCAUGGGCCGCACCAUCGCCGCCGCGCCCGCCACCAUCGCCCCCCACCUCUGCGCCGCCGCGUGCGCGCUCCUCGGCGGCGGAGACGGCGCCCUCGCCGCCGACGCCGCGCGCGCCAUCGCCGUCGCGCGCUCCGCGCUCCACUCCCGCGCCGCCGGCGCCGGGGGCUGCGGUGAGCUCCUCGCCGGCGACGCGCUGCUCCCGCUCGCCUUCGGGAUCCUCGUCCGCGGCUCCUGGCGCGCGCACGGCGCGGCGCUGCGCGCGGUGGUGGAGGUGGCGGCGGCGAUGGGGGCGAGCGGGGCGGCGGGGGGCUACUGCAUGGAGGCGGAGGGGCGCGGAGAGGACGUGGAGAGGGUGGUGGAGAUGACGGACGGGAGGGUGGGGGAGUGCGCGGCGGUGUGCGGUGCGUUGGCGUCGUUGGCGGCGGCGGAGGCGGAGGCGGAGGAGGAGGAGGCACAUGUGAAUGGUGGUUGA